CGCGACUCCGCAUGGCCCGUGCGUUAUCGCAUAGAGAAAAAAAUUGGGAUGGAUGAUCCAGUUUGGCACGGUUGCAGAAGUGAUUGACUUGGUUGGAAACUGCCAGUGUUGGUCUGAGACUAGAGGAUAGAGCUGGUCUGAAUUUACAGGCAUUGCUACAGACUCGAUUCUCUGAGCGCGAUGCAUUCCUACGUGCGCCCCAAUCAAUAUGUCGCCUUCCGACUGCCGUCGGAUGCGACCAAGAUCUUGAAGGUGGUGCCUGACACAAUGAUCUUCCUCGGCAAAUAUGGCACCUUCCCCGCCAACCAGAUCAUCGGGCGACCGUUCUACCUCACCUUCGAAGUCUUCGACGACGCCAGCGAAAACAACGGCCACAAUCUGCGCCUGAUCACGGCAGCCGAGUUACACGCAGAGACGCUGAUCGCAGACGGCGAAGGCGACGGCGACGAGCCCGACGUGAACGGGGAAAGCCUGCCGAUGCGCACAAACCGCGAGAUUGUGGACGACGGGUCGGCGCAGAAGCUGACACUGGAGGAGAUCGAGGCGCUGAAGAAGGAGUCGACGGGGUCCGGGCGCGAGAUCAUCGCGAAGAUUCUCGAGUCGCACUCGGCGCUCGACCAGAAGACGGCGUUCUCGCUCGCCAAAUACACCCUGCGCAAGCGGAAGAAGUACAUGAAGCGGUUUACGGUUGUGCCGAUGGACGUCAGCCUCUUGACGAACUACAUGCUCCAGGACAAGGACGCUGCGCGGAUCAUGGAGCUGCGGGACGAGCUGAUCGGGCUGCUGGGGUGUUGGGCGAAUGUGCACCAUGCCGGGAACUCGCCACUCGACGGCGCAGUCGCGUCGAAGCCCCGCGGUCGCUACCUCGUGAUUGACGAAACGGGCGGGCUGGUCGUGGCGGCGAUGGCGGAACGGAUGGGGAUUCUAUACCCGCACGAUGGCGAAGACGACCGGGAACAACAGGGGUCAGACGACGUACCAUCCGUCGAAGGUGCUCAAGGGGAGCAGCAGCCCGCCUCGCGGCAUCCGCGACACACGCACAUGUCCGCCGCAGACAACUCGAUCGUCCUCCUGCACGCCAACAAACAACCCAACAUGUCGCUCCUCAAAUACUUCGGCUACGACCAAGACAACCCAAGCGAGACGCACCCGCUCUACUCGCACCUGAAGCCCGUCUCCUGGCUCCAACUGCUCGAACCGCAAGAAGACACCAUCUACGCGCAAGAACCCGAGCUCCUCACCAGCGACGAAAUCGCCGCCCUCAAAUCCAGCAAACGCAGCACAUACUACCGGAAACGUGCCCGGUGGGAGCGCACCCAGGCGGUGGUGAACGAAGCCCGCGCCGGCGGCUUCGACGGACUCGUCGUCGCAACCCUCAUGAAGCCCAUCAGCGUUCUGCGCAACACAGUCCCACUACUGUCCGGAUCGGCCCCAGUCGCCGUCUACUCGCCCGUCAUCGAGCCCCUCACCGAAGUAAUGGAUUCUUACUCGACCGCGCGCAAGACCGCCUACAUCACAAAACGCAACCAACUCGGCCAGCGGCGGCAAGAACAAGAGAAGACGACAGACACCGCCGGGGUCGAUUCCCAGGACCCGCUCUACCCCGAGCUGGCCGAGGAAUUCUACGUCAACCCGACGCUUCUGCUGGCGCCUACGCUUGAGACUUCCCGCGUGCGCUCCUGGCAGGUCCUUCCGGGCCGGACACACCCGAUGAUGUCUGGGCGCGGCGGUGCCGAGGGGUAUAUAUUCCACGCCAGUCGAGUGCUACCGACGCAGCAGACAAUCCAGGCAGCGGGGAACCCCAGCCGCAAGAGGCGGAGGAUGGACACCGGCGCGACGACGGCGGAUAGUAGCACUGGGGCGGACGUUGAAAUGAAUUCGUGAACCCUUUUUUUUCUUUUGUUAAUUGAAUGUACGAAACGCAACCACACCGAUACGGGUUCGAGCACGCUCUGACGACAGCCUUUCCAAAACCCCGUCAUGCCAGAUCUCCAUGCGGCUGCAUAUUUAUGCUCGUGGCGAGUGCCUGUGUUCUAUACGACGGAGCUGGGCAUAGCCAGGGCGAACCGUUACCGUCACUGGAGACUCACUCGUCGGCCCCCGCCGCACCAGCUUAGCUGCCACAGCACAGGGAAGAAAGGAAAAUUUCAUGUACGAAUAUUAUAACAGCUCAAAAAGCAUCAUAGAGAAUUUCAAGAAACA